CUGUGCGUAGUUGCAGUCAGUCCGUGUCACCAGGCAGGCAACAGCACCAGCGCACAUCCUGGGAUCACAGUGCUGCACCGCAACAAGGAGACAGGACCAGACGGCACAACCAGGACCUUGCAGAGCCAGGAAGGAAUGGUCCAGGAUGCUGAAGCUGAAAAUCCUGAACACCAUUGCGCCAUCCUACUUCCUUGCAGUCUCCAUUACCACCCUGAUCCUUCAGAGCUUCGUUUUCAUCCCCACCAUCUUUGCUGAUGACUUCCGCCGCCCCUGGUCGUACUGUGGCUGCCACUUCACUUUCUUUCUCUACGUGUCAGUGAAUGUUUUGGGGAACUACUUCCUGAUCCUGUGGUAUCCUUCGGAGAGCCUGCAGAGCAGCAGUGUGUCCAGCGAUAGCAGCAAUGCUCUGCAGCCAGGCAGCCACUUCUGUAAACUCUGCAGCAAGGUCAUCCUGAAGCGAGACCACCAUUGCUUCUUCACCGCCAACUGCAUUGGCAACAGGAACAUGCGCUACUUCCUCAUGUUUGGGUGGUACACUUCCAUUGUCUGUCUCUACUCCUUAGUGGUAGGUGUGGCCUACCUGAGCAUAGAGUACCACCUCUCCUUCGAGAAUCCCCUCACCUUUCUCACCCUCCUUCCUCUCUCCUUCUUUCAUUUCUUCUUCAGUAUGAUCCCAUCAUUCCAGCUGUUCCUUGUCCUCAUGCUGUACAUCUGGCUGGGCAUCGGACUCACCUGUGCUGGGUUCUGCUGUCAACAGAUUCUCUUGGUAGCGCGGGGCUGCACCUGGUACCACCUGAAGAAAGGGCUGCCUGCUGUGCGCUGCACUCCCUGGGGGGUUAAUCUCCAGGAUGUCUUUGGGAAACGUUGGUUGCUGGGAUUCUUCUUCCCAAUUCCAACAGUACAUGUGGAUCCAAAGGAUAAAUAGAACUGACUUCCUGGCAUUCUCCCUGCUCCCCAAACCCACCAUGCAGAAUUCCCAAUUCUCCCUGCUCCCCAAACCCACUGUGCAGAAUUCCUGGCAUUCUCCCUGCUUCCCAAACCCACUGGGUAGAAUUCCCAACAUUCUCCCUGCUUCCCAAACACACCGUGCAGAAUUUCCAACAUUUCCUAUGCUUUUCAAACCCAGUGUGCUAGAAUUCCUGACAUUCACUAUGUUUCCCAAUCCCACCAUUAACUUCGGAUUCUCCUGCAUCAGGAAGGAGCUGCGAUAUUUUGUUCCCAAGAUCUUGCCCCUCAACACUGCUACCCAGACCAUCCAAAGUCAGUGCCAGGUCUGUGCCCAGAGAGAGUUACUUCCCGAACAACAUCAUUCUGUUGUCUGUGAACUCCUCACCAUAGAACAGUACAGGCCCUUUGGCCCACCAUGUUGUGCCGACCUUUAAACCUCGCCUAAGACUAUCUAACCCCUUCCUCCCACAUAUCCCCCUAUUUUAAAUUCCUCCAUAUGCUUAUCUAACAAUCUCUUGAACUUGACCAACGUAUCAGCCUCCACCACCACCCCAGGCAGCGCAUUCCAUGCACCAACCACUCUCUGGGUGAAAAACCUCCCUCUGACAUCUCCCUUGAACUUCCCACCCAUUACCUUAAAGCCAUGCGCUCUUGUAUUGAGCAUUGGUGCCCUGGGAAAGAGGCGCUGGCUGUCCACUCUAUCUAUUCCUCUUAAUAUUUUGUACACCUCUAUCAUGUCUCCCCUCGUCCUCCUUCACUGUUCAAACACUUGCCCUGUACCUGGCUGCUUAGAAAGUGGGAGAAGAGGAGCUGUCCACCAGUCAGUCCUUGGUCACUCUGCACACCAGGGGACUGGUGUUAGCGGGUAGAUUCUUUUCAGAAUGUCUGACGACGUUGAACAGUAGGUGUCCGUGUGUAUCUGCCUCUCACCCACUGACUGCCAGGGUGCAGGAGCAACUAUUGGGUGGGGUCGUCACCCACUGGGCGGAAUCAGGUGUCACUGGGUGGGAUCAGGUGUCGAUUAGUGGGGUUGUCUCCCAUUGGGCGGGAUCAGCUGUCGCUGGGCGGGAUCAGUUGUCAAUGGGUGGGAUCAGACUCUGCUGGUGGAGAUAUUGUUCCUGUUCCUGCCUCUACCACCACCUCUGGCAGUCAUUCCAGAUACCAACUACCCCUCAGAUCCUCUUUAAACCUCUUCCCUCUCACCCUCAACCCAUGCCCUCCAGUUUUAGACACCCACUACCCUAGGAACAGACUCUGACUACACCAUCUAUGCCUCUCAUAGUUUUCUCAACCUCUAUCUUGGCACAACCUCAGCCUCCUUCGCUCCAGGGAAAACAGUCCCUGCCUAUCCAACCUCGGUUUAUAACUCCAGUCCCAGUAACAUCCUUGUGAAUUUUUUCUACCCCUUUCCAGCUUAAUCACACCCUUCCUAUAGUGUGGUGACCAGAACUGCACACAGUCCUCCAAGUGCGCUCUAACCAACAUUUUGUAUAACCGUAACAUGACAUCCCAACUCUUGGACAGUGCCUUGGCUGAUGAUGGAAAGCGUACCAUACGCCGCCUUCACCACCCUCUCUCCCUGUGUUCUCACCUUCAGGAACCAUGUACUUGUACCCCGAGGUCUCUCUGUUCCACAACACCCCCCGGGCCCUGCCACUCACUGUGUGUGUCCUGCCCUGGUUUAACUUCCCAAAAUGCAUCACUUCAAACUUGUCUGAGUUAAACUCCAUCUGCCAUUCUCUGGCCCACUUUCCCAGUUGAUGUAAAUCCUGUUGUAACCCUAGGCAACCACCUUCACUGUCCACCACACCACCAAUGUUAGUGUUAUCCUUCCCUACCUGACUCAACCUGCCCGUCAUCCUUCACCUCUCCUCAGUUCACCAAUCAGGCUCCUGUCUCACCCCUCCCCUUCUCUCUACACCGGCUAUCUCCCCUCUCAGUCCUGGUGCAGGGUUCCAACCUGAAACACCAACAGUUUCUUUCCCCCCCCCCCCCCCCCAACCAGGUGCUGCUCUACCUGCUGAGUUCCUCCAGCAGAUUGUUUGUUGCACAGGGAUCCCCAUGUCCCUCUGAACACCAACACCUUUCAGUCUCUCUGAUCUGCCUUUAUAUUUUUUCAACCAAAACCAUUGAACUCAUUUUUCCACACUACAUUCAAUCGGACAUGUCGUUGCCCAUUACCUUAGCUGGUUAUAUCCCCUUUUGAUACUGUCUGCAUCCUCCUCAGAGCGCAAACCACCUCAAAACAACCACUCCUAAAAAUAGCUGCCCUUCCAGAGCUUUCCUCCCAUUUACAUGAUGGACGUCCUGGCUGGGCCUAUCGGUAGGAAAAGCAGUUCAUCUCACCUUGACCAGCCUUUUUAGUUCCCUCCUUGAUCUGCUUGCUAAGCCUUGGUAGGACAUAGACAGCAAAUGGCAGGGCACCAAGGAAUGUCAAUGAACAGAGAGACCUUGGGAUUGAAGUCCAUACUUCCCUGAAAGUGGCAGCACAGGUAGACAGGGUGGUGAAGGUGUAUGGCGUUGCUGCCUUCAUAGUUCAGGGCAUAGAGUAUAAAAGUUGGGAUGUCAGUUGGAACUUUACAAAACACUGGAAAGACUGCACUUGGAGAACUGUGUGCAGUUCUGGUCACUACAGGAAGGACGUGGUUGCACUAGAGAGAAUGCAGAGGAUAUUCACCAGGAUAUUCCCUGGACUGGAGGCAGAGAUUGGAUAGGCUGGGCUUGUUUUCUCUGGAGUGAAGGUGACUGAGGGGUGACCUGACGGAGGUGUAUAAAAUUAGAUGAGGCAUAGAUAGGGGAGAUCGUCAGAAUCUUUUCCCCAGUGUCGGGCAGAUCAAAAAUAUGAGGGCAGAGGUGUAAGGUGAGGGGGGAAAAUUUAAAGAUUUGAGGCAAGUUUUUUUACAUAGCGAGUGGUUGUUAUCUGGAACUUGCUGCCACAGGAGGUGGCAGAGUCCAAUAUAAUUACUACGUUUGGUUAAAUAGACAAGGCACAGAAGGAUAUGGACACUGAAUAUAACCUAAAUGAGCCAAUCUCUCUUCACACAUCAGUGCUGUGUUCCAGGAAUCAGUCUGGUGAACAUCUGCUUGUGACCAGAUAAGGGUGCAGAUCAAUACAGGACAGUUAGAAAUAAAUCAUUGGAGACAAGCAAAGGUAUGACUGUUUACAAGGCUUACUACUGUUUAAAAGUUAAUGACAGUAAUUAGUGUUUCCAGUCUGUUAGAACACAGACCAGUACACUCAGGAACAGGCCCUUCGGCCCACAUGUUGUGCUGGACUAAUUAGACCAAUGACACCUAAUCCUUUCUGCCUGCACAUGGUCCAUAUCCCUCCAUUCUUGGCACAUCCAUGGGCCUAUCUAAGAGCCUCUUAAACCCCUCCAUCGUAUCUGCCUCCAACACCACCCCUGGCAGCACAUUCCGGGCACCCACCACUCUCUGUGUAACAAAACUUGCCCGCACAUCUCCUUUGAACUUACCCCCUCUCACCUUAAAUGCAUGCCUUCUGGUAUUAAACAUUUCAACACUGGGAAAAAGAUACCGGCUGUCUACUCUAUCUGUGCCCCUCAUAAUUUAUAAACCUCUAUCAGGUCUCCCCUCAGCCUCCACCGCUCCAGAGAAAACAACCCAAGUUUGUUCAACCUCUCUUUAUAGCACAUGCCCUUUAAUCCAGGCAGUGUCCUGUCUUCUGCACUCUCUCCAAAGCCUGCACAUCCUUCCUGUAAUGAGGUGACCGGAACUGAAUGCAAUACUCCAUAUGUGGCCUAACCAGAAUUUUAUAAAGCUGCAACAUAACUUCCUGACUCUUGAACUCAGUGCCUCAACUAAUAAAGGCAAGCCUGCCGUACUCCUUCUUUACCACCCUAUCGACCUGUGCAGCCUCUUUCAGGUAGCUAUGGACUUGGACCCUAAGAUUCCUCCAUACAUCAAUGCUGUUAAGGGUCCUGCCAUUAACUGUGUACUGUCCCUUUACGUUUGAUCUCCCAAGGUGCAACACCUCACGCUUGGCCGGAUUAAACUCCAUCUGCCGUUUCUCCGCCCAUAUCUGCAGCUGAUCUACAUCCUGCUGUAUCCUUUGGCAACCUUCUACACUGUCCACAACGUUACCAAUCUUUGUGUCAUCAGCAAACUUACUAACCCACCCGUCCACAUUUUCAUCCAGGUCAUUUAUAUACAUCACAAACAACAGAGGUCCCAGUACAGAUCCCUGAGGAACACCACAAGCCAGAAUAAGUCCCAUUGACCACUACCCUCUGCCCUCUAUGGGCAAGCCAAUUCCAAACCCAAACACCAAGAGACCUUGGAUCCCAUGCAUCUUAAUCUACUGGGUGAGCCUCCCAUGAGGGACCUUGCCAAACACCUUACUAAAAUCAUGUAGACAACAUCCACAGCUCUACCCUCAUCAAUCACCUUGGUCACUUCCUCAAAAAAUAUAAUCAAAGUCAAAUUUAUUGUCAUAUGCUCAAGAACAUGUACAUAUAUGCAAUGAAAAACUUACUUGCAGCAGCAUCACAGGCACAUAGCAUCAGAUAAACAGCAUUCACAAGAAAAACAUAAAGUAAACAAAAUUUUUUCAAGAAAGAACACAAUUAGAACAAAAAAAGUCCAUUUUAGUGCAAAGUGAUCAAAGUGGUCACAGUAUUGCUGUACUGUAGUGAUUAGGGUUGUGCCGGUUGGUUCAAGAACCGAAUGGUUGAAGGGAAGUAGCUGUUCUUGAACCUGGUGGUGUGGGACUUCAGGCUCGGAUGGUAGGGAUCUUUGAUGAUGGAUGUUGCCUUCUUGAGGCAGCGCCUCCUGUAGAUACUCCUGAUGGUGGGGAGGGAUGUGCCCAUGAUGUAUUGGGCUGGUCCACUACUCAGUUCAUCAAGUUAGACACGACCUGCCCCUCACAAAGCCAUACUGACUGUCCCUAAUUAGACCAGGCUUUUCCAAAUGCUCAUAAAUCCUAUCCCUAAGAAUAAUCUCCAUUAGUUUCCCCACCACUGACGUGUGACACACUGGUCUAUAAUUUCCAGGAUUAUGACCACUUCAUUUCUUGAACAAUGGAACAACAUCAGCUGGAAUGUGUUUUACUUUGUCUGUUUAAUAUUCAAACCCAGCUGGAGGAACACAAGCCCACAGUUAACAUCAGUAUUGUGGCCUUCUCCCUCUGACACCAAUCCACCUUCUUCCAAGCAGAAGGGUUGGUGGCAACAGAUAUUCCGGUGGCUACGGGUACAGAACACAAGAUUCAGUGUGAGA